AUGACCUGGUCUCUCCUGCAGCACCACAGAUGCCUUGAACACCUUGGCUCACAAGGUACCACUGUGGAGAUGUCUACCCAGGUCUUCGCCUGCUCUGAGUGUCCGUUCUUCCACAUGCAGGAGUCCUACCUGCUGCAGCACAUUGAGCACAGUCACCCAGAACACCACAAGAAAUCCCAGAGGGCUGCAGAGACAGCCGAGGCCCCCAAGAAGAAGGUCCAGUGCCCGAGUUCCCAAAGCCUUUCCCCAUCCACGACAGGCCUGACCCUCACACGUGCCAGGAAUGUGGUAAAACCUUCACACGUGCCUCAGACGUGACUCGUCACCAGCGGACUCACACUGGUGAGCGCCCGUACACCUGUGAGGAAUGUAAGAAGGGCUUCAAGAACUCCUGGGAUCUGACCAGACAUCAGCGCAUUCACACCGGAGAGCGGCCCUUCCUCUGCUCCCAGUGUGGCAAACGGUUCACACAGAUGGGUUUGCUCAAACUGCAUUUUGAACGAACAGCCUGUGGCCAGACGUGCAACCCUCCCCUGGACUUAACGACAGAAGUUGUAGUAGCAGAGGAGACGUCAGAAAAAGGCAGUGGUCAGUACAAAUGCCAGAAAUGUGGUGAUAGCUUCAGUAGCAUCCUGGAGCGGCU